UUCUCCACAGAGUAAAGCGGGGGGAGAGGGAAGAGCCGAGUGAUUUCACCACAGCGCCUGGCAGCCGGAGGAAGCGCAUCACACAUUGAUGGGGGAAGACAGGGAGAUCUCAUUACCAGCCGGGCUCGGGCUGCCGGAGGCUCACCAGUCCCACUCACUCAACUAGUAGUUACCAUUUGGGGACAGGGAGACCAAGCAAAUGGAUCCUGGUGUGAACGGCGCUCAAUUCUGAGAGGAUUUACCUUUCAGGCUGCUGCUGGAUGGGGACUAUUGCUGGCUGCCUGCUGGAGGAGAGCUAACUGCACCGAACUUUCCAAAGGAUUGCAGGGAUCUAGGAAACCCCAUGGUGACAGCAUUGCUUAUGGAAGGCACAUCAAUUGAUUGAUAUACCAGUUCCGUUUUAUUGCUUGGACUUGUGGGAAUGAAGAACAGCACUUCUACGGUUCAAGGAAGAAUUCAAAGAAAAUGAAAGAUUUUAAGUUCUAAACAUGCAAGAUCACUUUUCAGCAGUCAGUCAGCAGUCAUCUCAUUAUCACAAUGAAAAGCGCUAAGCUGCUGUUCCUAUUUACCUGCUGCAUCAUCUACAAACUGAAAGUGCAAUGUUGUCCAGAAGUUUGUCUAUGCUAUAAUGAACCGAAAAUCACAUUUAGCUGUCAGCAGCAAAGACUGACUGCAAUCCCACCCUACAUUCCUGUACAGACUCAGCGCAUCUUUCUGCAUAACAACAAAAUAACUUUAGUAAGGGCCACUAGCUUCACCCCCUGCCAGAACCUCACUAUUCUAUGGAUUCAUUCAAACAACAUAAGUCAUAUUGAGUCUGGAGCCUUCUAUGGAUUAACCAAAUUGGAAGAACUAGACAUGAGUGACAAUUAUAACCUCAAAACUAUUACAGCACUUACAUUUCGUGGUCUUGUUCAUCUACAUACUUUACAUCUUAAUCGUUGUGGUCUGCAAGAUUUGCCCCCUGGAAUCUUUCAAGGCCUUUACUCUUUGCAGUACCUCUACCUUCAUGACAACAACCUACACUUCUUGCAUGACGAUACCUUUGUAGACCUGGGGAACCUCACUUACUUGUUUCUUCAUGGAAAUAAAUUGAAUAGCUUAUCUGAAAAUGUAUUUAAUGGCUUAAUUAACUUAGACAGACUACUGGUGCAUCAAAACAGGUUGGAUAACAUCCAUCACAGAACUUUUCAUGAUCUAAAGAAAGUGACAACCCUGUAUUUAUUUAGUAACGCCUUGACAGUGCUUAAAGCAGAAGUAUUAUCACCUCUUGUAUCGCUACAGUACCUACGAUUAAAUGCAAACCAGUGGAUUUGUGAUUGCAGGGCCAAGUCCCUCUGGAGUUGGUUGAAAUCAUUUAAAGGCUCAUCGUCAGAGUUAGAAUGCUACCUGCCACCAGACUUAGUUGGGAAAGACCUAAAAAAAAUAGGAAUCAAUGAUCUUGAUGGAUGUGCCAAUAUUUCUUUCCAUUUAAUCAGAACAGAUCCAUUCAGUGCCAAGAUGUCUCUAAAUUUUGAAGAGAUCUCAGAUAGUUGUUGCCAGCCUGCCAUCGAUAAGUCACUAGUAACUGGCACAAACACUAAAUCUGGGCCAUCUUCUCAUAGCAGUAGAAUCUUGCCAAAUAUCCCAGUCAAGGAUAAAGAAAAUAUUUCAAAAACAAAAAUUAUUGCUAACACCAACCACAGAAAAAACAGAACAUAUAAGCCAAUCAAUUACUCCCCCAUUGCCACUUUCUCAAGCAAAUUAGAUAAUUCCCUAACCAAGGUGAAUCAAAACAAUGCAUUUGAUUCUGUCGAACCUUCCACAGUCCCAAAUAAAAAGAAGGUUCCCUGUUUGAAAAAAGUGAAGUCAAAAUCUCAAUGUCGAAUGUAUCAACCAGGAACUAACUCUGGGCUCCUGAAUUUCAUCACAACAAAUCUUCUCUAUAUGACUCAGAUCUUCAUGCUACAGAUGCACUUUUAAAGGCUGAAUAUAUUUUUGUUUUAAGGUAGACUUAAAGUCAGACUAUGAAUGAUCUUCAAAAAUUGUUGCAACUAUAUGGAAAACAUGUGCUUCACAAAAGCAGUUUUACUAAAGGUGAUUGGAUAUUUUUUUAUGGUUGUGUUUUUCAGAGUUAAGAGAGUGCAACAAUUUUAUUUUAUUCCUCAUAGUAUUAAGGGAAGGUUCCUAUUAAGGUUGAGGCUCUGCUAAACAUGAAGGUUUAAACUUUCUUUGUAAAUUAAAGUUGUA